AUGACGGAGGGACGCUUUGAGACCGUUUACAACCUUCGGCCAAAAAAUUGGGAUGGACGUCGUCAUUGGACCAAUUGGCAUCACCUCUACGACUGCGAAAAGGACCAUUUGGAGCGCGAAAGCUGUCCCUUUCAUGAUCUCCGUUCCGGAGGACAAUUUCAGUAUGAGCACGGUGGAGGAGGGGGCUACCAGGCCUCUAUUCCCCCAGCUCGUCUUAACGAUCGUCCAUGUGGCGAUAGAAUGGACUUUGCAAAAGGACCUGGUACACAGAUUGGCGGUUUUGGAGAUAUACCCUUGGAUGUGGAAGCUGGACGUCCCCUAAAACAUAACAAACACCCAGGACGAACGGCAAUCUUCACCAAGAAGAAUCCGUUGAAUCGUGGGCUCUUUAGCACCUACCCGUAUAUGCCCGAUCCACCAGACGAGAAGGCCGCGAGACGAGAUGACAGAAUGGGCCAGGGUGGAAUAAGGGCUGGGCGUGUUGAUGGUUUGGGCCAGGCACCAGAGUGGAUAUCGGAUCCGUACCAAGACAAACCUGACCGAGGACGCAUUCAUCACCUAAAGGCAGGACCACUGAAUUACAGACCUGAGGAUCGUCCGCCGUGGAUGCCAGAAGGAGAACCUGAAAAGCGUAAAAAUCGAACUCAUGGGGCCUUUUAUGCUGGUAAACCAUGCGGCAUCAUCAAUGAUAUAGAAUGGAUUCCCGACCCACGUAUUGAAACUGGAGUCAAGAAACAGGCACGACCAUUCCGUACUUGGCACACACGAACAAAGUUUUCUAUGCCAACGCAUGCGCCGUGGACCACGGGGAAAAUCACGGCCGAGCCUUUCCGUGGACCAAAUUUAGAUGUGACAACCGCCGGAUUACCCUCACUAGACACCUACAAGAGGGUGAAUAUGACACAAACCAUCGGCAAGGAGGCUGCGCUUGCCUCAAUAAAGGCACCGGAGCCUGUAAGACUGAAGUGA